AUGACAUUCAUUUGCAUCUGGUAGUUCAUCAUCCGCUUUUGGGAUGCUAAUAAAAGAUAAUAAAGAGCCUAAUUCAAUUGCUAAACUGAUUGUCUUCGAUCAAUUUAUUUCUCUCCUAAUAGUACUACAUUAGCUGAUAGUAGAGAUAACCCAAUCCGUUUAUGGGAUGUUAAGAUAGGAUGA